GCUGAGAAUCUCUGUCUCAUCUCAUCUCAUCUGCGUUAUGACAUGCAAUCAUGGGCUGCCUUUGCCCUGACAAAGCCGCUCAAGAUGAACAUGGUGAAGAGGAUCAUGGGGCGGCCGAGGCAGGAGGAGUGCAGCCCCCAGGACAAUGCGCUGGGCCUGAUGCACCUGCGACGCCUGUUCUCCGAACUGUGCCACCCUCCUCGCCACAUGACGCAGAAGGAGCAGGAGGAGAAGCUCUACAUGAUGCUUCCCGUAUUUAACAGGGUCUUUGGCAAUGCUCCGCCCAGCAGCAUGACGGAGAAGUUCUCCGACUUGCUCCAGUUCACCACCCAGGUCUCACGACUCAUGGUGACCGAGAUCAGACGGAGGGCCUCCAAUAAAUCAACAGAGGCAGCCAGUCGAGCUAUUGUCCAGUUCCUGGAGGUGAACCAGAGUGAGGAGGCGAGUCGCGGCUGGAUGCUUCUGACCACCAUCAACCUGUUGGCCUCCUCCGGACAGAAAACAGUGGACUGCAUGACGACCAUGUCUGUGCCCUCCACACUGGUCAAAUGCCUCUACCUGUUCUUUGACCUGCCCCACAUGGCGGAGGCCCCGGUGGUUCCCUCCCCGCAGCCGCCACCACCACCACCGCCCACCCAGGAGAAGACCCCAGGCCAGGGCCACACCCAGCAGGAGCUGCCCCUGGCCGAUCGCAGGGCGCUACUUCAGAAAGUCUUCGUCCAGAUCCUGGUGAAGCUCUGCACCUUUGUGUCUCCGGCAGAGGAGCUGGCCCAAAAGGACGACCUCCAGCUACUGUUCAGUGCCAUCACCUCCUGGUGCCCCCCCCACAACCUGCCGUGGAGGAGGAGCGCAGGGGAUGUGCUCACCACCAUCUCCCGACACGGCCUCAGCGUCAACGUGGUCAAAUACAUACAUGAGAAGGAAUGCCUGGCCACAUGUGUUCAGAACAUGCAGCAGUCUGAUGAUCUCUCCCCACUGGAGAUUGUUGAGAUGUUCGCCGGCCUCUCCUGCUUUCUCAAAGACUCCAGCGACGUGUCACAGACCCUGCUGGAUGAUUUCCGGAUGUGCCAGGGUUACGCCUUCCUCUGCGACCUCAUGCUCAGACUGGAACAGGCCAAAGAGGACGAAUCGAAAGAUGCACUGAAGGACUUGGUCAACCUGGUCACCUGUCUGACCACAUACGGGGUGACAGAGCUGAAACCUGCUGGCCUGACAACCGGAGCCCCCUUCCUGUUGCCUGGCUUUGUUCUCCCGCAGCCUUCUGGGAAAGGCCACACAGUGCGUAAUAUCCAGGCCUUUGCGGUGCUCCAGAACGCCUUCCUGCGGGCCAAAACAAGCCGCCUGGCCUGUAUGCUGCUGGACGCCAUCGGGAACAUCUACGCAGCGGAGCCGGCCAACUACUUCAUCCUGGAGUCGCAGCACACCCUGUCGCAGUUCGCUGAGCGCGUGGCCAAGCUCCCCGAGGCCCAGGCCAAGUACUUCGAGCUGCUGGAGUUUGUCGUCUUCAGCCUCAACUACGUGCCAUGCAAGGAGCUGUUCAGUGUCAGCAUGCUGCUCAAAUCCAGCACGUCGCAAGCCUGCAGCAUCACAGCUGUCCGGAUGCUGCUGAAGCUGGCCAGGCAUGACCCGGUGUUCAGCGACGUGCUGCGGGAGGUCGGCCUGCUGGAGGUGCUGGUCAACCUGCUGCACAAGUACGCUGCCUUGCUCAAAGAGCCGGCCACGCAGCAGCAACCACACAGUAAUGACCAAGCUGACUGUAAAAACAACACAGUAGCAGAGGAGCAGAAGCAGCUGGCCUGGCUGGUGAUGGAGACACUGACCGUGCUCCUGCAGGGCUCCAACACCACCAACACUAACGCAGGGGACAGUCUAACCCUGACGAUGUUGCGUCUAAUCCUCGAGGCCUCAACAAGGCUGGCUUUGUUGGCGGUGUUGCGCGAGAGUCACCGCACCCGGACAGUGUUCCGCAAGGUGGGCGGCUUCGUCUACGUCACCUCUCUGCUGGUGGCCAUGGAGCGCUCGCUGUGCCAGCCGCCGCGGCACGGCUGGGAGCGCGUCAACCAGAACCAAGUGUUCGAGCUUCUGCUCACCGUCUUCUGCACGCUAACCGCCGCCAUGCGCUACGAGCCCGCCAACUCACACUUCUUCCGCACAGAGAUCCAGUUCGAGAAGCUGGCUGAUGCUGUGAGGCUGCUGGGAUGUUUCUCGGACACUAAAAAGCUGGGUCCUACAGCCGUGUUCCCCUCCAACGCUCAGCCUUUCCAGAGGCUGCUGGAGGAGGAGGCUGCCCCUGGAGGCUGCGCAGGAGACAGCGUCUGUCCCACACUCAAACACUGCAGCAAGCUCUUCAUCUACCUGUACAAGAUGGCCACCGACUCUUUUGACAGACAUGGCUACUACGGCACGUCGGGCCCCCCUGCCCCAGUCAAAGCCCUCACAGACCUGAAACUCCACCUAACUAACCCCUCCCACCCCGCUUCCUCCUCGUCUUCGUCUGACAUGGUGGUCAUCCACCCGGGGGCCGUCCUGGCCAUGCUGGACCUGCUGCCCUCCGUUUCCUCCGACAGCCAGCCAGAGCAUGCUCUCGACCUGCAGCUGGCGGUGGCUAACAUCCUCCAGCUGCUGGUGAACAGUGAGAGGAACCAGCAGGUGUUGUGUGAGGCCUGCCUCCACCAGCGGCUGUUGCAGCGCUGCAGUCAGGCGCUGGGCGACGAAGACCACCCACUGCACCCGCCGCUGCAGAGGAUGUUUGAGAGGCUGGCCUCGCAGGCCCUGCAGCCCAUGGCACUCAGGGAGUUCCUGCGUCUCGGGAACCCUCUGAACUGCGGUGCCUGGGACAAGAAGCUACUGAAGCAGUACCGGGUCCACAAACCGAGCUCUCUCAGCUACGAUGCCGAGAUGAGAAACAGUAUGACCAUGUCCAUGGAGGGCUUCGGCCCCGACAGCGUCUUCGCCGCCCCGGCAGAGGACAACGGCCAGUACCGCAUCAGCCGCAGCCUGGUGCGCUCCGCUGAGGGCAGCACCGUACCCCUCACCCGAGUCAAGUGCCUGGUGUCCAUGACAACACCCCACGACAUCCGCCUGCACGGCUCGGCCGUCACGCCUGCGUUUGUGGAGUUUGACACCUCGCUGGAGGGCUUCGGGUGCCUGUUUCUGCCCAGUCUGGCGCCGCACAACGCUCCCACCAACAACACCAACGCCUCGGGUGUCAGCGACGGAGCGGUGCUGAGCGGGAUGGGUACAGGAGAGCGCUUUUUCCCUCCUCCGUCGGGCCUGAGCUACUCCACCUGGUUUUGCGUAGAGCGUUUCAGUGCGGCUCCCCAGGCCCACCCGGUGCGGCUGCUGACCGUCGUCCGUCGGGCCACCUCCUCGGAGCAGCACUACGUCUGCCUGGCCGUGGUGCUGUCAGCCAAAGACCGUUCGCUAACCGUCUCCACCAAGGAGGAGCUGCUGCAGACCUACUCGGAUGAGUCGAGCGAAGAGGCCUCCUUCUACGAGAUCUUGCCCUGCUGCGCUCGCUUCCGCUGCGGCGAGCUGAUCGCCGAGGGCCAGUGGCACCACCUGGUGCUGGUCAUGAGCAAAGGCAUGCUGAAGAACAGCAUGGCCACGCUCUACAUCGACGGCCAGCUCAUCAACACUGUCAAGCUUCACUACAUCCACAGCGCUCCAGGCGGCUCCGGCUCCACCAACCCUCCUGUAGUGAGCACGGUCUACGGGUACGUGGGGACGCCGCCGGCCCAGCGCCAGCUCUCCAGCCUGGUGUGGCGUCUGGGGCCCAGCCACUUUCUGGAGGAGGUCCUGCCUGCCAGCAGCGUGGCUGCCAUCUAUGAACUGGGGCCCAACUACGUGGGCAGCUUUCAGGCUGUCUACCUGCCCUGUAAAGACUCGAAGACAGAGGUGGCACCUGCCUCUCCGGUGGCGUUGGUGCCAGAGGAGAAAGUGUCCUUCAGUCUCUACGCCCUCUCUGUGUCCACGCUCACAGUGGCCAAGAUCAGGAAAGUGUACAACAAACUGGACAGCAAAGCCAUCGCCAAACAGCUCGCCGUGUCCUCUCAUGAAAACGCCACUCCGGUCAAGCUGAUUCAUAACGCUGCCGGCCACCUCAACGGGCCAGCCCGGACCAUUGGAGCCGCCGUCAUUGGAUAUUUAGGUGUCCGGGCCUUCGUACCCAAGCCUGUGGCCACCAAUCUGCAGUAUGUGGGUGGGGCGGCAGCCAUCUUGGGCCUGGUUGCCAUGGCAUCAGAUGUUGAGGGCCUAUAUGCAGCUGUCAAAGCUUUGGUGUGCGUUGUAAAAAGCAACCCGUUGGCCAGUAAGGAGAUGGAGCGCAUCAAAGGCUACCAGCUGCUGGCUAUGUUGCUGAAGAAGAAGCGCUCACUGCUCAACAGCCACAUCCUCCACCUCACCUUCUCACUGGUGGGAACAGUUGACAGCGGCCACGAGACCUCCAUUAUUCCCAACUCCACCGCCUUCCAGGACCUGCUCUGUGACUUCGAGGUCUGGCUCCACGCUCCCUACGAGCUCCAUCUGUCUCUGUUUGAGCAUUUCAUCGAGCUGCUGACAGAAUCCAGCGAGGCAGCUAAAAACGCCAAACUGCUGAGGGAAUUUCAGCUGAUCCCGAGGCUGCUGUUGACCCUGAGGGACACCUCACUGUCGCAGCCCACUGUAGCUGCCAUCAGCAACGUGCUCAGCCUGCUGCUGCAGGGCUUCCCCAACCCAUAUGAUCUGCUGCGGUUUGGCCAGUUCAUCUCCUCUACUCUUCCCACAUUUGCCGUGUGUGAGAAGUUUGUCGUCAUGGAAAUCAAUAACGAGGAGAAGAUUGAUGGAGGUAACGAUGAUGACUUUGGCGGUCUGCUUUCAGCCAACCUCAUUCUGCUCAGAAACAGACUGUUGGACAACCUUCUCAGACUGCUCUUCACCACCAAAGAGAAAUGCACCGUUAACGCCCAAGCGUGUGAGGAGCUGGUGCGGACACUGGGCUUUGAUUGGCUCUUGAUGUUCAUGGAGGAACAUCUGCACUCGAGCACGGUGACGGCCGCGCUGUGGAUCCUGGUGGUGCUGCUCUCCAACCAGCCCAUCCUCAACCGCUUCAAGGAGGGCCUGUGUGGAGGAGGCUGGCUGGACCACACCGACUCCGUCCUGACCAAUAAGAUCGGUACAGUGCUGGGUUUCAACGUGGGCCGCAGCGCUGGCGGACGCUCCACAGUGCGGGAGAUCAACCGGGACGCUUGCCACUUCCCGGGGUUCCCUGUGCUGCAGACACUGCUGCCCAAACACACCAACGUGCCCGAGCUCUACUUCCUGCUGAUGGCUCUCUUCCUUCAGCAGCCGGUCACCGAGCUGCCAGACAGCCUGCAGGUACAUUUUGACCUGGACUCCAUCUGGACGUUCAUCUUUGGCAUGCCGGCCUCCAGCGGGACACUGGUGGGCUCCAUCCACAGCGUGUGCACCGAGGCCGCCUUCCUGCUGCUGGCCAUGCUCCGCAGCAUGCUCAACCUGCCGUGGCAGUCGGAGGAGGAAGGUUCCUGGCUCAGGGAGUACCCCGUCACCCUCAUGCAGUUCUUUAGGUAUCUCUACCACAACGUGCCCGACCUGGCACCGAUGUGGCACAGUCCUGAGUUCCUCUGCGCCCUGGCAGCCGCCGUCUUCCCCUUCAACAUCAGGCCCUACUCUGAGAUGGUCAGUGAUUUGGACGAUGAGGCUGGUUCUCCCACCGAGGAGUUCAAGGCCUUUGCUGGGGACUCUGGAAUGAACCGCAGCCAGUCUGAAUACUGUAACGUGGGCUCCAAAACGUCCCUGACCAACCACCCAGCCAAAAAGUAUGUCUUUGACUUCAUGAGGGUUCUGAUCAUGGACAAUCUGUGCAUGACCCCGGCCAGCAAGCAGACGCCCGUCAUCGACCUUCUGCUGGAGGCCUCCCCAGAGCGCUCCACCAGAACUCAGCAGAAGGAGUUUCAGUCCAACAUCCUGGACAGUGUCAUGGAGCAUCUGCUGGCUGCUGAUGUCCUGCUAGGUGAGGACGCCUCUCUGCCCCUCAGCAGCAGUGGCAGCUAUCAGAUCCUGGUCAACAACGUCUUCUACUUCACUCAGCGGGUGGUGGACAAGCUGUGGCAGGGGAUGUUCAACAAGGACUCCAAGCUGGUGGUGGACUUCAUCGUGCAGCUCAUAGGACAGUCUAAGAGGCGUUCCCAGGGUCUUUCUCUCGACACCAUCUACCACUGCCUGAACCGGACGGUGCUCUACCAGCUCUGUCGACCGCACAAGACGGUGGCUCAGCAGGUGGCCCUGCUGGACGCCCUGCGGGUCCUGACCGUCAACCGCAACCUGGUGCUCGGGCCGGGCAACCACGACCAGGACUUUGUGGCCUGCCUGGCUCACUGCUUCAUCUGCCUGCACAGCGGGAGUAGCGUGGAGGGCUUCGGUCUGGAGGCGGAGGCCAGGAUGACAACCUGGCACGUCAUGAUCCCCUCGGAAAACGAGGCUGACGCUACGCACAGCCACGACGUCAGCGAGGGGCGGCAGCUGCUGCUGAAGGCGGUGAACCGCGUGUGGACAGAGCUGAUGCACAGCAAGCGUCAGAUGCUGGAGGACAUCUUCAAGGUGUCCCUGCCCUGUAAUGACAGAGGCCACGUGGACAUCGCCACAGCCCGGCCUGCCCUGGAGGAGCCAGCCCUGAAGAGCUGGCAGAACCACCUGGUCCAUGAGAAGAAGUGUAUCAGUCGUGGUGAAGCUGUGGCACCGGCGACCCAGUCCAAACUGUCCAGGGUCAGCAGCGGCUUCGGUCUCUCCAAGCUGACGGGCGUCCGUCGCAACAAGAAGGAGAACAGCCUGAACAAGAACAGCCUGUCUGCGCAGGAGACUUUCCAGUGGAUGUUCACACACAUCGCUGUUGUUCGAGACUUGGUGGCCAUGCAGUACAAAGAAUAUCAAGAGCGGCAGCAGAACGCUCUCAAGUACGUGACUGAGGAGUGGGCGUCCAUCGAAUACGAGCUGCUGCGUGAGCGAGGCCUCUGGGGCCCCCCCAUCGGCUCCCACCUGGACAAGUUUGUGCUGGAGAUGACGGAGGGCCCCUGCCGGAUGAGGAAAAAGAUGGUCCGCAAUGACAUGUUCUAUAUCCACUACCCGUACAUCGCAGAGACGGAGACAAACACCAGCUCAGCACAGAAGCCUCUGCGUUACCGGCGAGCCAUCAGCUACGAUAGCAAGGAGUACUACAUGCGUUUGCUGUCCGGAAACCCCGGCAUGUACCAGCACUCUGUGGAGCACACCACAGAGGGGGAGACCACACCGCAUGAGCCCGAGCACGGAGAGGACACCAUCGCAAGAGUCAAAGGUCUGGUGAAGGCUCCUCUGAAGAGGUCUCGGUCCACAGCGGACGGUGCAGACGAGGACAGUCAGGAGCAGCUUCAGGAGCAGCUGUCGGAGUCAGGAGGCCCCGAGGAGGAGCAGAGGACCGACAACACGUCACUGCUGCGCCUCCUGGAGGAGGGAGAGAAGAUUCAGCACAUGUACCGCUGUGCCAGAGUGCAGGGUCUGGACACCAGCGAGGGUCUGCUGCUGUUCGGGAAAGAGCACUUCUACGUCAUCGACGGCUACACCAUGACCGUGUCCAGGGAGAUCAGGGACAUCGACACACUGCCGCCCAAUUUGCACGAGGCCAUCAUCCCCAGAGGAGCGAGACAAGGCCAGAGCCAGUUAAAGAGGACGUGCAGCAUUUUCGCCUACGAGGACAUCAAGGAGGUGCACAAGAGACGCUACCUGCUGCAGCCCAUGGCAGUGGAGGUCUUCUCAGCAGACGGGAGGAACUACUUGUUAGCCUUCCAGAAAGGGGUCCGCAACAAGGUUUACCAAAGGUUCUUGGCUGUGGUGCCUUCACUGGCCGACAGCUCAGAGUCGGUUUCAGGCCAGAGGCCCAACACCAGCGUCGAACAAGGAUCUGGCCUACUCAGCACACUGGUUGGUGAGAGGUCCGUGACUCAAAGAUGGGAGCGAGGAGAGAUCAGUAACUUCCAGUACCUGAUGCAUCUUAACACGCUGGCAGGCCGCUCAUACAACGACCUGAUGCAGUACCCCGUCUUCCCCUGGAUCCUGGCCGACUAUGACUCUGAGGAGCUGGACCUGAGCAACCCCAAGACGUUUCGAAACCUCGCCAAGCCGAUGGGCGCCCAGACCGACGAUAGACUGACACAGUACAAGAAGAGGUACAAGGACUGGGAAGACCCCAACGGUGAAACCCCAGCCUACCACUACGGCACCCACUACUCCUCGGCCAUGAUCGUAGCCUCUUAUCUGGUCCGAAUGGAGCCUUUCACGCAGAUUUUCCUCAGGCUUCAGGGAGGUCAUUUUGACCUGGCUGACAGGAUGUUCCACAGCGUUCGUGAAGCCUGGCUCUCCGCCUCCAAACACAACAUGGCCGACGUCAAGGAGCUCAUCCCCGAGUUCUUCUAUCUGCCAGAGUUCUUGCUCAACUCCAACAACUUCGACCUGGGUGCCAAACAGAAUGGCACCAAGCUGGGUGACGUGAUCCUGCCACCCUGGGCCAAGGGUGACCCCCGAGAGUUCAUCAGAGUCCACAGAGAGGCAUUGGAGUGCGACUACGUAUCGGCCCACCUCCAUGAAUGGAUCGACCUGAUUUUUGGCUACAAGCAGCAGGGUCCGCCGGCUGUGGAGGCGGUCAACGUCUUCCACCACCUGUUCUACGAGGGUCAGGUGGACAUCUACAACAUCAACGACCCGCUCAAAGAGACAGCUACCAUCGGCUUCAUCAACAACUUCGGACAAAUCCCCAAACAGCUGUUUAAGAAGCCCCACCCUCCUAAACGGGUACGCGGUAAAGCCAACGGCGACAUAGCAAGCGUUCCUCCGAGCUCCAACAGUGACAAGAUCUUCUUCCAUCAUCUGGACAAUCUCAGACCUUCUCUAGCACCUGUCAAAGAGCUCAAGGAGCCCGUGGGACAGAUCGUGUGCACCGACAAGGGCAUCCUCGCUGCGGAGCAAAACAAAGUCCUAGUUCCCCCCACCUGGAGCAAGACCUUCGCCUGGGGCUACGCCGACCUCAGCUGCCGUCUGGCUAACUAUGAAUCUGACAAGGCGUUGGUGGUGUACGAGUGUCUGUCUGAGUGGGGUCAGAUCCUGUGUGCCAUAUGUCCAAACCCGAAGCUGGUCAUCACUGGUGGCACCAGCACCGCCAUCUGUGUGUGGGAGACAGGAACAUCCAAGGAGAGGGCUAAGUCACUGGCCCUCAAACAGGCAUUACUUGGCCACACGGAUGCUGUAACAUGCCUGACGGCCUCGUCGGCAUACCACAUCGUUGUCAGCGGCUCGCGGGAUCGGACCUGCAUCAUCUGGGACCUCAACAAGCUUUCCUUCGUCACGCAGCUCAGGGGACACCGGGCACCCGUCUCUGCUCUGUGUAUCAAUGAACUGACGGGGGACGUCGUGUCCUGUGCAGGUACCUACAUCCACGUAUGGAGCAUCAACGGCAGCCCCAUCGCCAGCGCCAACACCUUCACGGGACGCAGCCAGCAGAUCCUGUGCUGCUGUGUGUCGGAGAUGAACGAGUGGGACACUCAGAACGUCAUAGUCACGGGCCACUCCGACGGUGUCGUCAGGUUUUGGAGAAUGGAGUUCCUCCAAGUCCCAGAAACCCCUGCUCCAGAGCCCGUUGAGCCGGAUGUGCCUGAAUGCUGUGGUGAGGAGAAGAUUGAAGGUGGCGAGAGUCACAACGGUGACGACGACAGUAGCGAGUCCGACGGCGACGAGCCCAGUCUGAGCCAGGAGCCCAAAGCACCCCGCAACCCCUCGACCGGCGGAGGCAGCCAGCCAGGCAGCGCCGUCCACAGACCCAGAGGUCCUUCAGCCCGAGCGGGAGCCUCUUGGUCGAUGGACAGCGGCUCUGACGACUCUCACCGCUGGUCAGACACCCUCAGCAUCGACGAGAAGGACGGCUUCGUGUUCGUCAACUACUCUGAGGGCCAAACCAAAGGCCAUCACCCUCAUCCGGCUCAUCCGGCUCAGGGCUCAGUGCCUCAGCCUCUCCAGCCCUCCACCAUGGAGGCGCGGACGUAUAACCAGCUCAGGGCAGGCUACAGAUGGGAGCGCCAGCUGGUCUUCCGGAGCAAACUCACCAUGCACACAGCGUUUGAUCGCAAGGACAAUGCUCACCCAGCAGAGAUCUCCUCCCUCGCCAUCUCCAAGGACCACAGUAAGAUCCUGGUGGGCGACGGGCGCGGGCGCGUCUUCAGCUGGUCGGUCAGUGACCAGCCGGGCCGUUCGGCGGCUGAUCACUGGGUGAAGGAUGAGGUGGUUGACAGCUGCUCCGGCUGCGCAGUUCGUUUCUCCCUCACUGAGCGACGCCACCACUGCAGGAACUGCGGGCAGCUCUUCUGCCAGAAGUGCAGUCGCUUCCAAUCAGAGAUCAAAAGGCUGAAGAUCUCGUCACCGGUGCGAGUCUGUCAGAACUGUUACUACAACCUGCAACAUGAGCGAAGCGUCGAGGACGGCAGCAGAAACUGAGCUCCGCCUCCACCUGCCGCCGACAAAAGAAACAACUUCUCCUGAGGACUCCUACCUGAGGAGCAUUUCAUUCCUCCAUCUGCCUUGCUGUUCCCUCGACACCCUCCCGCACACCCCGGAAACACUCUCCCUCAAAACCCCCUUUAUCCUCUCGUUCGUACAGUAACCACAUGUACUGUAACACACUGACAGACUACAGCAGGAGGGAAUGUCGGCUGUCUCAUCAUUGCGACUGUCUGAAAUGAGGAAAAUAGAAUCAAAAGGAAAUGAAGAAAAACUCAAUCACCACUUUACCACCUGCACUCGCCCCGUGGAGGGAAUAGAAAAAAAACAAAAAGGCAAAAACACCCUCGACGCGGCUCGCUUGACUCAAUCACCCGCCGUUGUUGCUUUGAGAUCAAGAACCUGGGAAAAAACUCCUUCCUCUUUCACUGCAAGACAUAACAAACUUGUUCAUAUUGUAAAUAGUUACCAUGGCCUUUUUAACUGUAAGAGGAGCAAACACAGAACAAAAAAAUAAGGUCAGUAAGGAAAAAAAAAAAAAGAAAAAAAAUUUGCCUGUAACAUAGCGUUGUGACUAACCACUCCUGGCUUUAAAAAAACAAAACUGAUUGUGUGUAGUCUGCGUCACGAGUCACGGCAAGUUCAGAGGUAUAACACGGAGGGGAGGGAGGGAUAUGAAUGUCAAUAAUCAAUGUCUGUGGGUUGAUUUUUACUAGUGCAUCUAGUUAUGCAAAAAUACUCCUUUUCUUUAUAA